UUACUAAAUUAAUAAAUGUGUGGCAUAAAUGUCAAGAAAACACACGCACACAAGAAGACGGUCUUCUUUAAAUAAAAGGGCAGACGAAUGUCUUUCGGACAAAGAACAAAACAUACUUCUCUUCUCUUCUUCUAAAGGUUUCAUCAACUCCAUACAUCAUCUCCACCGCCAUGAGCCACAAGAACCACCACCUCCAGCCGCCGAGCUACGCCACCGACCCAAACACCAUGUUUGUUGAAGCAGAUCCCUCCAACUUCCGCAACAUCGUCCAAAAACUCACGGGAGCACCACCGGAAAUCUCCUCUGCCUCAACGGCACAACAUAAGCUUCCUUUAACUCCAAAGAAACAAGCAUUCAAGCUCCACGAACGCCGUCAAUCAUCAAAGAAAAUGGAACUUAAGAUCAACAACGAUUCUUUGUGCCAGUUCAACCGAGGGUACCACGUCUCACCGGUGUCCCACCUCGACCCAUUCUGGACGCGCGUGAGCCCACAGUCAGCACGUGAGAAUCACAUGCAGGAGAAGGAAGAGGAAAAAGCCAUAGCGGAAAAAGGGUUUUACUUCCUUCCGAGUCCAAGAAGCAGUGCCGAGCCAGCACCGGAGCUUUUGCCUUUGUUUCCUCUUCCUUCUCCUCAAAACGAUUAUUGCCACUCAUCUUAUUAACUAUUGUGCCCUUAUUAAUCGAAAGUUAGGGGCACGCACUUGAUAUCGCUGUUGCUUUUUACUGUUUUUGUUAGGGCUAGUAUCUUUUUUCUUCUUCUUAAUUUAACCUUUGGACUUGUUAAUCAUUCUAUCAUCCUUCGUUAACAUUCUUGAAUGGUCAACUAUUCCGGCGUGUGUAGUCCACUUCCACUAGAAUAUAAAUCUUCAAAUGUAUUUUGUAGUUUUUCUUACGCGUCAAUUACUUACAUUAGUCAAAAGAAAGAUAAGUUGAACAACAAAAGCAAGUUGAAAAAUAGUCGACGAAAACAUCAUUUCACAACUAGAUGGUUUGAUUUAAUUUCUUUCCUUUUGGUGUAAGUUUAAUUUAAUUUCUACGUAGGACCCAAAAAUACAUACUACGUAGUUUUGAAAGUUAACUAACAUCAAAAACUUAAUAAUUAUAUGUCC